GGUACCUAGGUACAAUAGGUGGUGUAUUUUACCCACCGGGCCUGCAUGACAAGCGAUUGAGAUCUCCCCGCCUGGUCAAAGGUCAUGCAUCGCAAAACAUGCAACAAGCAUGGAUGUUAGCUGUAAAUGAUGAAGAAAUCGUGCCAGCACCAGAGUCUGACCAGAGGAAAACUAGGUGUCUGACUGUUAUGACACCGUCACCGACACUUUGUGGACUUGAGUAACAAGCAUCCUUGGUAUCAAAUGCUGCCAAAACGGUAUUGUGAUGAGCACUACAUUAGCUUGUUUUCUGUGGCGAAAAUCAGCUCUCACAUACGCGCAUCCAUGUACCUACAUAGUAUGUGUUACAAGCCUACAUGUUCAACAAGUUGUAACUACCUACUUACCUACGUCGACUAGGUACACUUUGAGCGCUAGAAGUACGCCGGCGGUAAGUCGGUACUGUAUGAAAAGCGUGGAAGGUUUACCAUCAAUACUUCCUACCUACCUAGGUAAACAAGGUGUUUUAGACAAGAACAAGCCGAAGGCUACGAAUCCGUGUUUCGUCCAGGGUGGGUUCAAGUAUCACAACUUAGCACGCCUCAAAUGAAGCUCAAUUGGAGACCUAAUACAUAGGUAGUAGGCAUUAGUGAAAGAGUUUCAUAUUAGACAGAAGUGUACUAGGUACGUGAUUAGGGAAGAAAUGCUGUUUAAUAUCGCUACAUGACUGACAGUCUUUCUGGUAAGCCAAGUACACAGGAGAAGAAGCUGGGAUGUACCAGCCCAGCCCCCCUAUUGGUGUUGUUGAUCAACAGGGCAUUGAUUACUAUCGCGCUAGGCGAGCAAUAACAUGGGAUGUGCUUGGAACGGGGUCGAAAUGGCUGUCAUUGGCACUGGAUAAUCCGCAGUAUAUUAUACUUAUACAACUUAUAUUAGC